GCAGAGAGAGGCAGAGGUGAGCGUAAUCGAAAAAGGAUUUGUGGGCCAAGAGACGCAUAUGAUCGAUCGAUUGAUUGAUCGAUGGGAGAGCCGCCUAUGAUCGAUUGAUUGAUUUGACAACCAGUGUCUUUUUGUCUCAUCUUGAUCUCUGUCCUCACUCGCUGUCGCCUCUGACUGGGUCUGGAUCGCUUGUCUGGACGACAAACUCUUCGUUUAUUCGUGCCCGCCUGCCUUCGCUGCCUUGCCCUCGCCAUUUACCUUGCCGUUUGCCCACCUGUCCCUCUCAACAGCCUACUUGCUCAGACGCCCCUUUCAGCAGCCUUCUUGCCCACCUACCCCUUUCAGCAGCCUGCUUACCCAACCUCUCCCUCUUAGCAGCUUUCUUGGCCAGCUGCCCCUCUCAGCUGCCUUCUUGCCCACCUCCUCCUAUAAGCAGCCUUCUUGCCACACACACACACACACACACUCUGACACUCUCUCUCUCUCUCUCUCUCUCUCACACACACACACACACACACACACACACACACACGCACAGAGAGAGAGAGAGAGAGAGAGAGAGAGAGAGAGAGAGAGAGAGAGAGAGAGAGAGNCACAGAGAGAGAGAGAGAGAGAGAGAGAGAGAGAGAGAGAGAGAGAGAGAGAGAGAGAGAGAGAGAGAGAGAGAGAGAGGGAGAGGUGACAAUGGAGAGGAAAGGAGUUUCGUUCUUUCCUCUGAUGAUAGGUGUUGUUGUGGUGAUGGUGAUCUGCUCGAUGGCCAUCUUGGCGAUGGCUGACGUCAAUGAGAAGAUGGAGUUGGAGGUCGUGGGGGAGCAAGGGGAGGUAGCAGACGUAUCUGGGGAAAGGGGGUUGCUCGGUGGCCGCUGCCGCCCUGCCUGCGCAUCUGGAUCAUCUUGCUGCGGGGGUGUGUGCCGAAAUUUGCAGACCAGCCGGAACAACUGCGGCGGGUGCGGGAGAAGGUUACGGAGGUCAGCGGUUUCCGAAGCCCUGGGUGGUGGUUAUAGGAAACGUGACAACGAUGAUCGGUUUGAUAAGAUCUAUGACCUGCUCUCGGAACAAGCGGAAGAACGGGAACGUAAGAAGCAGGAGGCAGCUAAGUUGGAACUGUUUGAAGCCGAGAAGAAAAAGCUGCAGGCAGAAGAGGAGAGAAACGUGCAAGCAAGAAAAAAGAAGGAAUUGCACGAGGCUAGGUUAGGGAAGAUUGUGAGGAGCAGGAUGAAGUCUGUCUGCGAAUCGGUUCUAGGGAAGAAAAUUGACAUUCCUGAUGAGGAUGAGUCGGAGAUCACCAAGGUAAAACGGGAGUUAGAUGAACUGAAGGCUAAGUAUGUGGGGGAGAAGGCAAGAUGUGCGGGGGAAAAGGCGGAAUCCAGUUUGGAUGCGCUACGGCGGGAGAAAGAGGCGCUUCAGAAAGAGCAGUCUCUGAGAAGCGAGGAGGAAAUUCUUAAGAAGGAAAUUGAGAUAUUGAGGGCACGGAACGAGAAGAACAAAUCAAUUGAUGCGAUUUCCGAAAGCUCGCAGAGCGAUGAAAUCGCGGCGCUUCGUUUGCAGAUUCAAGAGCUUGAAGGGGUGCAGGCAGCGCUCCAGAACCGCAGCAAUGAACUCUGCAGUUUGAAGGCAGAAAACUUGACACUCAAGAAGGAUUUCCAAGAUCUCAGAAUGGAGAUCGAUGAGCUCAAGAACGCCAAUAACAAGCGAUCGUCCGAAGUGGUGACGGAUAAAAGUCCACCAGCGGAGCCGGACAAAGGGAAGCAGAGUUUGGUUUCGAUUGGUGACGCCGUUUACACUCCCAAGGAUUUGGAUGCCCUUCACAAGGCAUACAAGAAGGCUCAGGCAGGUGAAGAAAUCGCCAACAAAGAAGUGCAAGCUCUCAAGGAACGGAUGGCACGCAUGGGUGCUCAGUUGCUGACGAAGCAGUGUCCUUCUGCAAUAAGAUCUUAUGUCAGGAAAACGACGCCUCGCAACCUGAGGCCAGCCUUAAGUGCUAUACAGAUUGAGGACGACGAGUCAAAGAAGGAAGGCGGUCCUUGGAGGACGAAAGCUGUCGAGAAGUUAUCCGAGAAACCGGAGGAGGUUCAAUUAAAAAAGUUACAAGAAGAGGAGAGGCGGACUUUACGCCCAUUCAAGAAGGCAGAUAUGUCGAAACUGUGUGAGGAGGAGGGGAUCACCUACAUCAAAUUGGAUCAGGCUAAGGCUAAUGUAGCUGAGAUCCGGGCAAGAAGAAGAUUCGCGCAAUGGCUCAAGGAUCAAGGCCUUCAAGAUGAAGAUGAAGACGAUCAUGAGCAACAUUAUGCCACCUCCACAGAAGAUAUUAACGACGAGUGAGAAGGCGCCUUGAGCGUAUCUUCCUUGUGGGAGUGGGCAUCAUUCUUUCGGGACUAUCGUAAGUCAUUGCCUGUA